AUGGGAUACCUUGCCCUCAGUACGCUAGACCAACAGAGGCUGUCGCAGCUUAAAAGUGAGAUUAAUAGGCGCUUGUUGGAGCUUACAGGUGUGAUUGACAUUGCUAUUCUUGCUGAUCAUGUUUGGAAUCUCAUUGGGAAUGCUCAAGUCACACGAGAUGAGGUGGCGAGGAAUCUUCAACAAUUCAUGCCCGCCGAAAAGGUCGAAUCGUUCCUUAUAUGGCUUUAUUCCAGACUGGAUACACUACUAGAUGAAUACAAGAGGAGCGUUUUCAGUGCUGAGGCGGCAGAGGCCCAUAAAAAGGAGGCCAUGCGAUGCAUACAAAUCAAGGCACAGGAAGACGAAGAACGGCUAAGGAGACGGUCAGAACGUUUUGCCUUCCACAACUUAUCAAACUUGUACUCGAAUAGUUCGACAAACACUGCCAGAGCCACAACCGCUUCAGUAUCUAACAUCGCAAAUAUCGCAAUAUGUAAAUAUGAUCGGCGCUGCAAGUUUGGAGAUAAGUGUAAAUUUGUCCAUAUUGGACGGGAUGGUAUAGGAACCAUGGGUAAGGGGAGUAAUAUGGCUAGUAAGUUCGGCGAAUACGGUAUUUUGCCUGGCAAGCUAUCAGAUGGCAUGUGCCGUAACUGGCCUGCAUGCCCCUUUGGUAACGAAUGCAAUUUUUCGCAUCCAAGCGUUCCCUGUAAAUUUGGCCAACUUUGCACCCGAUCGAAUUGCAGUUACACUCACUAA